AUGCACGGGAAAAGACAUUUCUCUCCCGUAGUGGUCGUGGUUCUUCUCGGGGCUGUGCGCCUCUGCCUUGCCGCAAACUGUGUGAAGACAGGCCCGUGCUCGUGUCGGAUGGACGACGGCUCGGGGGUCAUUGAUCUCAGCCCUCUUGUCAAGGGAAGCCCGACGUACAAGGACAUAAGGAGCUCCUACAUUCCCGACACCUGGGUCUACUCCUACAACCCGUGCGUGCCAUUCUCCGAAGGCUCCUGCAAAAACGUGUCCGUGUGCGCCCGGGACAGACUGCAGCACAGUAAGUACGAGAGUUACGGUACGCAGGAGUCCGCAGUGUUUAAGUCUGACACGGACGUGGGGCUAGUACUGGGGUAUGUGGACUCACCAACGCUCAGGGUAGGCGCUGUAGAACUGUGGUGCGUGGCGAAGAAUCAGCCACAAAACCUGACCGUGGUCGGCAGGAUGCCCAUGUGGCCAAAUACCAUUAUCAUGGCUCUGUUUAGCCCCUGCUGCUGUCCAGGAGCAGGUCCAACCUGCGCAGACUCCACAACUACGUGA